UUAUUAUUUAGUAAUCAUUGACUUUUUGGGAAUGUUUUGAAUAAUUUAGUUUUUGUGUUAAUUUUAAUGAUUGUCUUACGUAUAAACACGAACGUAGAGAAGAAUAUUCCGAUAGAAUCAACCAAAAACGUGACAAAUGGAAACAGGGCUCAAAGCAGGUGACCCUACUCUCUGUAUGCCAACUUUCGCAAGCAUUGCAAUUCAUUCAGCUGCGCAAAACGGUUUCGGCAGGAUGAAAAUGUUUUAUUUACACAACUUUCUUUUCAUAUUUGGCCUACGUUUUGGUUGUCGACUAAUAGGAUUUGUAGAGAUUGCUCUAUAUGGCUACGGAUUCUAUUAUUUGAUAAACACAUAUGGCUUCUCCGAAAUGCUAGAGUCUAUGGUUAUCAUAACUUUGGGCACUUCCUGUCUCCUGACCAUUCUAAUGAUGAUUUCCACGCUCCAGGACCAUGAAUCAUCGGGUAUUAUUUUCACGUAUCUAAUGUGGGGCAUCUUUUCAACAAUAUUCUUGAGUAUUUUCUUUAUGAUCCUAAUCAAAACAAAAGUAAUAUCCAUAGCUCUAUUUUUCGGAAUCUUCCUCGGCACAUUAAUUAGCAAGUGUUAUGCCAUGCUGGUGGUAUUAUCCUUCCUUCACAUGAUAGUAAGUUCCGAUAGUGAAGAUUCAGCUUAACGAAUGCCACGGAAAUUACGAGAAAAAAGUAAUGAAAUUUGUUUUAAGUAUGAAGUAACUAGUGCUCCUUGUAGUCAGUCAAU